CAUGGCCUCUGGAUCCAUCAUGACAGCCCCCAUCUGUCUAGUGGAAAAUAGGAAAAAGCAGUUCACAGUAAAUCCAGAAGCACUGAGGAUUCUGGAGAAGAUCUCGGAGCCCGUGGUGGUGGUGGCCAUUGCAGGGCUGUAUCGCACAGGAAAGUCCUACCUAAUGAACCGCCUGGCAGGACAGAACCGUGGUUCCCCUCUGGGCUCCACAGUGCAGUCUGAAACCAAGGGCAUCUGGAUGUGGUGUGUGCCCCACCCCUUCAAGCCAAAGCACACCCUGGUCCUUCUGGACACUGAGGGCCUGGGGGAUGUGGAAAAGGGUGACCCUAAGAAUGACUCGUGGAUCUUCACACUGGCCGUGCUUCUCAGCAGCAUGUUUGUCUACAACAGCAUUGGGACCAUUAACCACCAGGCCCUGGAGCAGCUGCACUAUGUGACUGAACUAGCAGACCUCAUGAGGACAAAAUCCUCUCCCAGCUCUGAUGAAAGAAAUGACUCAGCCGAGUUUGUGAGUUUCUUUCCAGACUUUGUUUGGGCUGUCCGUGAUUUCACACUGGAGCUGGAGUUAGAUGGUCACCCCGUCACUGAAGAUGAGUACCUGGAGAAUGCCUUGAAGUUGAUUAAAGGUGAUAAUACCCAAACGCAAAUGUCCAACCUGCCUAGAGAGUGUAUCAGGAAGUUCUUUCCAAAAUGGAAGUGCUUUGUCUUUGACCGACCUACAAGUGACAAAAAGCUGUUACACCGCUUGGAGGAAGUGUCAGAAAAUCAACUGGAUUCAAGUUUCCAAGAGCAAUCCCGAAAAUUCUGUUCCUAUAUCUUCACACAUGCAGAAGCCAAGACCCUGAGGCAAGGGAUCACUGUGACUGGACAUGGGCUGGGGACUCUAGUUGUGACCUACGUGGAUGCCAUCAACAGUGGAAGUGUACCUUGUUUGGAGAAUGCUGUGACAACUCUGGCCCAGCUUAAGAACUCAGAGGCUGUGCGGAAGGCAGCCGAACACUACAGCCAGCAGAUGGCCCAGAGAGUGCAGUUCCCCACCAACACGCUCCAGGAGCUGUUAGACCUGCACACAGCCUGUGAGAGGGAGGCCAUUGCAGUCUUCAUGGAACAUUCCUUCAAGGAUGACCAGCGAGAGUUCCAGAAAAUGCUUGUGGAAACCACAGAGAAAGAGAAGGAGAAUUUCUUGCUGCAGAAUGAAGAUGCAUCUCUCAAAUAUUGCCAGGCUGAGCUUAGGAAGAUUUCAGAGUCCUUGAUGGAGAGCAUUUCCAGAGGAAGAUUCUCUGUGCCUGGAGGACACAGUCUCUACUUAGAAGCUAAGAACAAAAUUGAGCAGGACUAUGAGCUGGUGCCCAGGAAAGGAGUUAAGGCAAAGGAGGUCCUCCAGAGCUUCCUGAAGUCACAGGCACCAACAGAGGAAUCCAUUCUGCAGGCAGACAAAGCCCUAACUGAUGGAGACAAGGCCAUAGCAGCUGAGCGGGUCAAGAAGGAGGCAGCUGAGCAGGAACAGGAGCUCCUGAAACAGAAAGAGAAGGAACAACAGGAAAUAACAGAGGCUCAAGAGAAAAGUUUCAAGGAAAACAUAGUCCAACUGAAAGAGCAGAUGGAGAGAGAAAAAGAUGAACUACUUAGAGAGCAGGAAAAGAUGCUGGAUCAUAAGCUGAAGAUGCAAGAAGAACUACUUACUGAAGGAUUCCAAAAGAAAUAUGAGGAGAUGAAAAAAGAGGCAAAUAAUCUGAGAGAAGCUAUUCAAGAAACUAGGAGCAAUAGAUCCACAACAAUCCUUGAUGGCCUCCUUGAGGCUUGUAGUGUAUUAACUAGAGUACUGUCUAUGCCUUUUAAGGUCAUUGAUACAGGCAUGAAAGCUCUUGGCACAAUUAUGAAUACUCUCUUUGAAUUAAGUACUAAGAUGUUGGCUGAAGCAGUUCCCAAAGUCCAGCACCACAUUUUCAAGGUGUUUCAUGUUAUUCUACAUCCGUUAGAAGUUCCUUUACUUCUGACUAUUCUCUCAAGGAAAUCCAGAGAGCUGCGUGACAUUGGAAAGAUGACAUAUAAAUCCAACUAUGCAGUGACAGACACAGAAGUCACUAAAUCAUUCCACCUCAACAGAGGAGAGAAACAGUUCACCAUGGCAUCUGGAUCCAUCAUGACAGCCCCCACCUGCCCAGUCGAAAAUGAGGAAAAGCUGCUGAGGGUAAAAUCAAGAAGCACUGAGGAUUUUGGAGAAGAUCUCAGAGCCCGUGAUGGUGGUGCAGGGCUGUAUACAGCCAUUGCAGGGCUGUAUCACACAGGAAUUCCUACCUAA